UUUGGGGACAAGAGUUCUUUUGCAGAGAACGUCAGUGCAUUCAAUUUUACCUCUGUGGCGAGUUCGUCUUCAGCGAGAGAGAGCAGUUUUGCCCAACUAGUAAAGACCCCGUCGGCCUUUGGAAACCCUCUCAGAUCAGGCUGUGGAAGCAAGACGCCACAGAUGGCAUAUUCAGCGACGCCGUCGUCCGCAGUUUCUGGCCAGGCCGGGGCCUCUGCCAUCGUGGCGGUCGUGGAAGGGAGAGGCCUGGCCCGAGGAGAGAUCGGCAUGGCCAGCAUUGACGUGAGAAGUCCUCAGAUCGUGUUAUCGCAGUUCCCUGACAACACGACAUAUACCAAGGUGAUCACCAAACUCAAGAUUCUGGCACCCCUGGAGGUCCUAAUGGCCUCCACGGCCUGUGGGAAGGGGGCUUCCGGCAAGCUCUACAGCCUCAUCACUGACAACUUCAAGAACGUGACUCUCACCACCAUCCAGAGGAAAUACUUCAGUGAAAUCAAAGGGCUGGAGUCCAUUGAGCAGCUGUGCGCCCCAGAAUUCAGCACGGUCCUGAUGGAGGUGCAGGCCAAGUACUACUGUCUGGCUGCCGUGGCCGCCCUGCUGAAGUACUUGGAAUUCAUUCAAAAUUCCGUUUAUGCCCCCAAGUCCCUGAAGGUUCUUUUUCAAGGCAGCGAGAAGACGGUCAUGAUAGACUCGUCGUCGGCCCAGAACCUCGAGCUGUUGGUCAAUAAUCAGGACUGCAGGAGCCAGCACACUCUCUUCGGGGUUCUGAAUCACACCAAAACCCCGGGAGGGAGCCGAAGACUUCGCUCUAAUAUUCUCGAGCCUCUCACCGACGUGGGGACCAUCAACAUGAGACUGGAUUGCGUGGAGGAACUCCUCCACGAUGAGGAACUCUUUUUCGGUCUUCAGGCAGUCAUCUCAAGAUUUCUGGACACAGAACAGCUGCUUUCGGCUCUAGUCCAAAUUCCAAAGCAAGACACGGUUAAAGCAUCUGAGUCAAAGAUAACAAAUUUAAUUUACCUGAAGCACACUCUCGAGCUCGUGGAGCCUUUAAAGGCAUUGCUGGAGAAGUGUAAAACCCCCCUGUUCAAGGCUUACCACGGCUCCUUAGGAGACAGCAGGUUUGGAACUAUACUCGAAAAGAUUAGAACAGUUAUCAACGACGAUGCAAGAUAUCUGAAAGGCUGUCUGAACAUGAGGACCCAGAAAUGCUAUGCGGUGAAGCCCAACAUCAAUGAGUUUCUGGAUAUAGCUAGAAGAAUGUACACGGAAAUCGUGGAUGACAUAGCAGGAAUGAUAACGCAACUUGCAGAAAAAUACAGUUUGCCUUUAAAGACAAGUUUUAGCUCUGCUCGAGGAUUCUUCAUCCAGAUGAACAUGGAUUGUUCCUUAUUACCCAGCGGUCAACUUCCAUCUGAAUUUAUUAAGGUCACGAAGACGAAGAACACGUACAGCUUCACCUCAGCCGAUCUGAUCAAAAUGAAUGAAAGGUGCCAGGAGUCGCUGAGAGAGAUCUAUCACAUGACGUACAUGGUCGUGUGCCAGCUGCUCAGCGAGAUUUACGAGCACAUCCAUUGCCUGUACAAGCUCUCCGACAUCGUGUCCAUGGUCGACAUGCUCCUGGCCUUCGCUCACGCGUGCACGCUCUCCGAUUACGUUCGGCCCGAAUUCACGGACACCCUCGCCGUCAAGCAGGGCUGGCACCCCAUCCUGGAGAAGAUCUCGGCGGAGAGGCCGGUGGCCAACAACACUUACAUCGCGGAGGGGAGCAACUUCGUCCUCGUGACGGGACCCAACAUGAGCGGGAAGUCGACCUACUUGAAGCAGAUCGCUCUUUGUCAGAUCAUGGCCCAGAUCGGCUCCUUCGUCCCAGCCCAGUAUUCUUCGGUCCGAAUCACGGAGCAGAUUUUCACGCGGAUCAGCACGGAUGACGAGAUGGAGAGCAACGCGUCGACCUUCAUGAAGGAGAUGAAGGAGAUGGCCUACAUCCUGCACAACGCCAACGACAAGUCGCUCAUCCUGAUCGACGAGCUGGGCCGAGGGACCGACCCCGAGGAAGCCGUCGGCCUCUGCUUUGCCGUCUGCGAGCACCUGCUCAGCCUGAAGGCAUUUACGCUGUUCGCCACUCAUUUCCUGGAACUGUGCCAAAUGGACGCCUUCUUUCCCAAUGUGGAGAACCUCCAUUUUGAAGUGAAGCACGUGAGCAGCUCUGCGAGGAGCCGGGAGGCCAUCACGUACACCUACAGGCUUUCCAAGGGACACACGGAGGAAAAGAAUUAUGGCAUCCAGGCCGCAGAAGCGUCGUCCCUCCCGCAGUCCAUCAUUGCGGAGGCCCGAGCGAUCCGUGCACAGGUCAUCCGGCAGAUGCUGCAAGGCCAGAGCAGCUCCCCCGAGACUACCAGACGCAGGGCCGUGUACCGCCUGGCCACCAGGCUCCUUCAGACAGCCCGGAACUCUCAGCUGGACGCCGAGAGCCUCCGGCUCUACCUGAGAGGCCUCAAGAUCAGCUUUGAAGCCGACGUGUCUGGGGCCGGACAGGGAGUGGACGAAGCCCAGGAUGGGUGA